CUCGCUUCUAAGACAAUUCAAUGUGAAUUAUAUCAAGUACGAAUGAUGUUCUUUGGUUGCCGCUGGUCAUGUUACAGGCUGCAGGUUCAUUCGACACCAGGAAAAUAAUUCAAGGGGAAAGUGCACUUAGCAGACUUGGCUUACAUUUAGCAGAAAAGAUGGAAAAAUACUCCAGCAUGGUGCAAAGACUUGUAUCAUUGAGUGUCAAGUUAAUAGCAGUUGACUUCGAUCUAACGAUUAUCAAUAUCCACACUCAUGGAAGCUGGCAGUUCACAAGUAAAGCUCUUGUUUCACGCGUACGUCCCACCUUCAAGCAUUUCUUGACAGCCGCGCUGAAAUGCAGCGACCUUCACGUUGCUGUUGUAACUCAAUCUCCUCAAGUAUCACUUGUCCGGGAAGUUUUAGAGAAGGCUUUGCCCGACUGUGACACGAGCGUCAUUCACAUUCGAGGUUCGGAUGGAAAAUGGAAGGAGCUGAAAGGGGUCUCGAAAGAAGGUGAGUGAUCACUCCAAAUUCGAGAUUGCUCCGAAUCUCUCAAUUUAAGAAAACGUUUUCUUAUUAUUCGAGAAAAAUUUAAAACAAAUCAUAGGAUAAGAACUCUUUUUUCUGUAAUUUAAACAGGCAGUUUGAGUUUUCGAGAACAAAAUCUUAUUCUAAGAUUUGUUUUAAUUUUGACCUAAAACUCGGUGGAAAGGAUCGAACAUGAUAUAAUUUUACAGAUCAGACCUAUUUCAGUUACAAUUUGACUUUAUAUUUCGACGGAUUCGAUUUUAGGGGGUCUUAGUUUUCGUAAUCUCGAAAACUAAGACGGGUCUUAGGUCUUAGGUCUUAGUUUUCGAGGGUCUUAGUUUUCGUAACACCCGAUGGAAACCGUAAGCUCUAAAAAAAGAAAUUCUCGAAAUAGCCCGAAUAUUAUUUUGUAAGAAUGUCGACAAACAAACAGUCCCAAGUCAACGCACUGUUGAAAAGGUUUCACUUGAAUGGUUAAACGAAAACACUUUGACCAAAGACUGAAAGUGAAAAGUAACUGAAAUUCACUUAUCCACAUAAUGAAAUUUAAGAGGAGGAAAUGAGAAAUGCUCUGUUUAGUGUCUUUCAUUUGAUCUAUACAAAGUCGAAUUUUGAAAUUUUCAUUUUGAUAAUAUCAACAGGGUGCAAAGAAAGUCAGUUUUACAGCCUGCCAUUCAGGCAAGCUGUAGCUAGCAUGUACUAGCCCACAAGUCAUUUCAACUAGCACCAAAACCCUUUUUGAUGCACAGAAUUGACUUUUACUUUUACUUUUACUUUAUUAAUCCGCAAAGGCGGUAACCAUCGCGCGGAUUACAAUCUUUCUGUAAUUUGAAUUUCCCCCCCAAAACAGCACUUGCCUGUCAGUCAAGUUAAGAACAAGAAUCGCUAGCCUGAUAGCAAAAUCCACUAGCCCAGGGCUAUCGGAUACAACUUUCUUUGCACGCAACAUUACUUGGUUACCUGGAGCUCAGCCACCUUUACAUUGACCAUUUAUGCAUCAGUCAAUUCCAUCUGUGCCCAGUGUCCCUCCCCCCCCCCCCCCCCCCCGGGCUACUGCUGGGCAUUUGUCCGCCUCGUCAGUCCCAGGAUAUUAGCAAAUUUUGCUCUGCCCUGGAAUCGGCAUUUGCUAACCCUGGGACCACCCCGGCCCCGAGCUUUUGACACACCUGUGAAUGGGUCUCUUAUCCAAAUAUAACUGCAAAAAGGAUUGUAAAGGCGUGUUCUCAAUCUUAUACAUGCAUUUCUUCCUUGCUUGUCAAGCCAGUGAAAUUGGGAGCUAUCGAUGUGAAUCAUUGUUUUCUUUGGUUGUUGAAUCAAAUUCCUGUUGAUACUAUUUGAAGAACGUCCUUUCAUAUUUAUAAAACUAUUUAGAACAGAUAACUUUACAGCAUACUAUUUAGUUUAAUGUCAACAAUAUUAUAGCAAUACUAAAAUCAUAAACUGGUGUUGUUGCAGUGUGAAAUCUUAAUUAGAAUAGUGCUAUUGCAGAGGCAGAUGUUAAUGUUAUGAAAAAAUCACACAUUAAAAUGCUUAAAAUAGCAUGACUUGACUGUGUGAUCAAUGAAAAAUGUUGCAGUGUUGAUGAAGGAUGGGUCAUUUGCCCUCUUUUUUUUCCCCACCCUGAGGAAAUUACACAUGUCGACCACUCAUGGUCACUAACCUUAAUACUCAUUAUAAAGGCUUCUUGUCCAAAAAGACACCCAGCUGUUUAAGACACCAAGAAGUGAAGUUUUAUACUUAAGAUCCUGAAAACCACAGCGUGUUCAGUGACAUACCUACCCUAUGCCCGGGUGAGAGAACUUCCUAGCUGCUCUUUUACCCACCUAUACUUAUUGAACAUACUGACCCAGCAAGAAAGAAAUCUUUUUUCAUACUUGGACACCUCUGCAAUGUUGAUGGCUGGGUCACAGACCAUUUAUCCAUUCUUUUUGGCACAGACCGACUGUUAAACCAGUGACACACAUUCCAGCAUUUAAUUGAUCAACAAAUGUUGCAACUCUGGUUGUUGAACAAGUUGCAACUUGUUGUAUACAGUGCAUCUCUGUCCUCAUUCAACAAUGUUCUGUAUUUCAACAUUCAAUGAGGCAUGGUAUAGUGUUCAUUGAACAAGACAGGCAAAACAAGUUGAUCAACAAGUGUUGAACUGUGUGGCCUUAGAAUACAGAUGCAUAGCUGACAUCAUGGAUUGUUUUUUGUAGUUGUUGUUGUUGUUGUUGUUAAGUUUUUCAACAUGGCAAGCAGUUACGAAAAUACAAACGCAACAGACUAAUUAAGUAGGACGAGGCCAGCCCACCAAUUUGACCAAAAUUGUUAACUGACAAUUUGUAAUAAUUUUAUUGUCCAUCAAGGAAAACAACAGCACAUUGAGUCAGUGCUGAGACAGAUUGAGAAAGAUCAAAAGAUCAAGAUUAAAAGUAGCCAAGUUAUACUUUUAGAUGAUGAUCAACAAAACAUAUCAGUGGCUAGAAGCUGUAAAAUGAGGGCUCUUCAAAUAACCGGAGACAAUAGCUUGGAUGAGCUUCUGGAACAGAGGUAGAUGCAUUGUUCUACCUUACGCUUUAUGCAUGAACAAAAAAGAUAAUAACUGAUGUCAUGAUCUUUAUAAACGUAACCCAGAGAUGUAAUAUAUUUUUUCACAAACAGAAAGUACAUAAUCUGUGACUAUUUAUAAAGUGUUAAAUAUAAGCUCAUGUGACUUUACUAUGAUGUCCAUAUUACUAUAUCUAUCUUACAGUGGUCAAAUGCAUAUGUAUGAAAUACAACACACGCCAGAACAUUGUAUAUUUCCCUUUUUGGUGUGUGUUUGCAACAUUUAUACUUACUACAUGAGAAAUUUCUGCAAUUUGAUUGACUUGGAGCAGUGGUAUUUCAGCUUAAAGGGGCUGUGUCACGGCAGUCCAGUUCAUUUUGUUUAAUUUUGCCAAUCACUCGCCCUCAAUCGCUAUGGAACUUAAAGUAAGCAAAGAAAUUACAUGUAAAUGACAAAAUGAGAGAUCCGAGACAAACAAAUGUGCCUCCUGAGCAUUAUUUUUGAAGUUGCAAGCAGCAGGGAUCAACUUUGAAAAACUGGUAGGCUGAACAGUUUUCAAAAACCCUAAUUUCAAUCCGUUUUAAUCUUCUUCAGUUUUGCCCAUCCGUGGCAUCUGUUGUUUCUGUUAUGCUAUUUUAACCUUCCUUUAAAGUUUUAAGCGGUUAUUUUUAUGUUUCUCUUAAUUUAACGG